CAAUAGCCCAUCGUCUUUCCGGUGCGCCCAUCUUUAAACCGGACCGGCAUAUACGUGUGUGUACGUGUACACGGAUGAUUUAUUCAGACACCGGCGGUGAGGAAAAGAUGAACCACGGCCAACAAUCCGGCGAGGCGAAGCACGAACACGAUGCUGCUCUCACGGAUUUUCUCGCUUCCCUCAUGGACUAUACUCCCACUAUUCCCGAUGAACUAGUGGAACACUAUUUGGCUAAGAGUGGGUUUCAGUGCCCAGACGUGCGAUUAAUUAGGCUUGUUGCUGUUGCUACACAAAAGUUUGUCGCAGAUGUCGCCAGUGACGCCCUUCAGCAUUGCAAGGCAAGACAAGCAACAGUUGUCAAAGACAAAAGACAGCAAAAGCUGGAUAAACGCUUAAUAUUGACAAUGGAUGACCUUUCAAAAGCUUUGCACGAGUAUGGUGUGAAUGUGAAGCACCAAGAAUACUUUGCUGAUAGUCCUUCAACUGGGAUGGAUCCUUCCACAAGGGAUGAAUAAGCCGCGACUUCUUGCCUGAACUUAUCUCUGUCAUCUUUGCCCCCGAGUGAUGAUACUGUCUGUGAUGCAUAUAUUUUCUACAGUUUUCUGCCUAACAGAAUUCGCUUGCAACUGUUUCUUUCUGAGAUGUCUUUCCACUGGCUGGUGAUUGAUUGUAAAGAAUGGCUCGUCACCGACGAUACAAAAGUAGAGGUAGUUCCAUUUGAUAACUC